UCUAUGUUUGUCAGACUCAAAUCCGAGGGAGAGGAGCUAGCCGCCAUUUUCUAAGCGUCUCUCCCUAAAACGAGAGAAAAAGGCUCGCGACAAACUGGCUUCUGGAUUACCUUUCACUUACUGGGAAUAGCACUUUUUGGUAAAGGAUUGUUGUGAAAUUACCUACAUUUGAAGUAAUUUGGGAUAGAAAGGGCAGUUUCCUGGCCUUGCCUUAUAUUCGCUGUAGCGGCGAGGCGAGCUAGCUGGCGAGCAAGGUGUAGUUCGUUGAUUCGCCCAUUGCCUGAAUCCGGAACGAACCCGAGCGGCUCUGUAAACUGGGCCUUUUGCUAAUCCGGUGGCAUUUUUUGGAUUGAUCAAUGGCAGAGUAAUCGAACCGAACCGUGUUUUUUUGUGAGAACACUCUUGUUUUUUUUCCACCAAAACUGCGGGGGAUUGUUGCCGAAAUUCCCUCGGAUAGUGCAACCUCGUCACGUGGCUGUCCUCUGGCGGGGCAGUAAGCGGGUGGUGUGGAGCAGGCCGCGGUGCCCGUCCCUCUGCACUGCAUGGCUGCGAUGGCGCCCGCUCUCACCGACGCCCCAGCCGAAGCUCACCACAUCCGCUUCAAACUGGCUGCCCCGUCCUCCAGUCUCUCACCGGGCAGUGCAGAGAACAACGGUAACGCCAGCAACAUCCUCAUCCAUAGCAGCGGCCCCGCUAAGCGUAAGGCCGCUUCCGAAGAGUGCCCCCUUGACUUCUGUGGUGACCAGGAGCAGCAGCCGCAGCAACAGCAGCCACAAGCUGACCCCACGGCCCAGGCCUCGGCCCUGGGCAAGCUCCAGCCACUGGUGGCUUCCUACCUAUGCUCUGAUGUGACACCUGUCCCCUCAACUAAGGAGUCAAUCAAGCUGCAAGGAGUCCUCAUCAAACAGUCUGUGUUGAAAAGCCACAGAAUCCUGCCCAGCUCCCUGCUCAACGGUGGAGGAGACUUCCUGCUAAGGAAGAGGCAGGCAAUAGAACUCUCUGGUGGCCAGCUCAAAAGCCUCAUGAGUGGCAGCACCAACGGCGGAGGCCAGCCCAUGGCACCUGUCAACGGCCUGGCCAAGAAGCUGGCUACCAUGUCCAGCUCUGGCUGUGUUGUGGCAGUGAAUGGUGACAAGCCCUCCGCCACCACCGAUUCACAGUCCCAGAACCUGCCCUUGGACCCUGAGACCUUGACGGGCACCUUAUCAGGGCACGUCUCGGUGAAAGGAACCCUUAAACAAAAGCAUUCCUCAGGGGUUUCUCAAACAGAUGGAAACAACCUUGAACCGCCAGUGGUCCAGUCUGCUGCACCUUCCCCCUUUGCCCACGACAACCCUAACCCGAGUGAACAAGCGAUCUUGGAGGAGGCUGAUUCACACACACUUAGCAUUCAGCCACAGGGCUCUGACAGGGAGAGACCGGGUAGUAGCCAGCAAGGCUCCCCAGCUUGCUCACCCACACCACAGCCUCCCCCUCUCUUCUCUUCCUUGGACAGCCUUGAUGCCCAUGUGAGGGAACGUACCCUUCUCAACAGCAGCCGCCAAGGUGAGAUUGAAAACCGUCUACGGCGCCUGCGCAAGCGCCUUCAGGUGGUACAGGCCAAGCAGGUGGAGCGCCACAUUCAGCAGCAGCUAGGUGGCUUCUUGGACACAGCACUCAGCCGACUGGUGGCCGGCAGCCGCAAACCUGAGACAGCAACCCCCACGGCCACAUGGAGGACUGGACGACACUCCUCUGGCAGCAGAGACAGCCUGGGUCGCUUCCUGAAAAGCGGCUCCAUGCCCUCAGAGCUGGAGAGGCUGUACCUUAGUGGAACGGCCAACCUACAUUCAGCAGAGAGCGCCUUUGACUCGGAUGUGACAGAAAGUAGCUCUGGGGGGGACUCUGACCUGGAGGAGGAAGAGCUGGCCAGAGUGGACAUUGAGCAGCGACACGUCAAAAUAUGGAAGCGGGCAGAGAGCCGCUACACGGUGGAAAGAGCUGCCAUAAUCAGCCACUGGAACUGGCUCCAGGCCCACAUCUCGGACUUGGAGUACCGCAUCCGACAACAGACUGACAUCUAUAGACAGAUCCGCGCCAGCAAGGGCUCAGUAGAGUUGGGAGGUGUUGCGCCUAGUGUGCUGCCUGCUGGUGGGACAGAAUUGAAGGCAGAGCCUGCAAAUACUCAGGAUGGUAGUUCAGAACGGCUGGAGCACACAGUCACCGCCCACGUCACCACCACAGAGCCUGGCCCCUGGAAAGGCCAAAACGGACGGCCAGUUAAUGGUGUCCUCAACAGGAUGGCAGAGAGUGCAGACACCAAGCACCAACAGUCCUUGGUCUAUGACAGCACGUGUGUGGCUGCCCGCACACGACCACUAGUCAGCUGUCGACGACGGCGGCUCAUUCAGCCCAACACUGUGCCCAACCUGAAUGGCAAGGCGCAGAGGAGCAGCUGUAUCCAGUGUAACUGCAGGGUCAACCCCAGCUGUGUGAUGUGUGGUGGCCGGCCCACCCCCAGGGAGGACCCUCAGUAUGAGCUGCCCACCCUGGAGCGCCUGUCAAGACUGGAUCCUGGUGUCCACCCUAUUCUCUCCUUCCCUGAUGACGUUUGUAUAGGCCUGCGUCUGCAGCAGGUGAUGAAGAGUCAGUGGCACACCAAGGUGCUGGAGAGGAGCAAGCCGCUGAAGAAGUUCUCCCUCAAACACAAGCUCUCCUCCUCCAAAGAGAAGCACAAGUUCACCAACUCGCUCAUGGCAGUCAGACUAGGUCACUAUAAGAGCCGUGUUGAGAAGCCCAGGACAGUGGACAGCACUGUCAGUGGCAGCAGUGCUGUUCUGAGCACGGCCCGGAUGGAGAGCCAGGCGGUGUGCAAGACUGAGCGGCUGCAGGCCCUUUCCUCCCCGUUAGGGCCCUAUGACAAGAGCUACAGCCGCAAGAGAUUAAGAGAGCACUCACUGGAUAGGACUGAACCCUCCCCUAAGCUUUUCCUGGAUACAGGCAGCCCCUGCUCAACACUGGCCAACAUGCACUCGUCCCUCCACAGCCCCCUCACACGCCAGCUGUCCACCUCUUCAGAGAACUCCACAACACUGGCCCCCAGCAGUCAGAGCGUCCCAAGCACACCUCAGCCUAUCAAGAGGAGGCGGGGUGAGAGCUCCUUUGACAUCAACAACAUAGUGAUCCCCAUGUCUGUGGCUGCCACCACCAGAGUGGAGAAGCUGCAGUACAAGGAGAUUCUCACACCAAGUUGGCGAGAAGUGGACAUCUUUUCCCAGCUAAUAACUGAGGAGGAGAAUGAAAAGGAGGUAGAGGACCUGUCAGAUGCAGCCUUCAUCCAGCUCCACCAGCCCUGUGAGGACCAGGAGCGUUCACGCUGGACCUGGAUGGCCCUGGCUCCCGCCAAGAGGAGGGGCAGCAGGUCAUACAAAUCUGUCGAUGGGCGGACCACGCCAUUGCUGUGCGGGACCAACCCUCCCACCCCUCAGCCUGCAUCCCCAGACCCGGGCCACUGCCCUCUGCUCCACGACUACAGCCAUGUGCCCUCACCCAUGAGUCCAGCCAGCCCUGACGCCACGUCCAACCCCCACACACCCUGCUCGAGGGACUCCCAUCGGCUGCUGUCCAACGAGGACACGAGGUGCUCCACGCCCGACUUCACGUUCGAAGAAAGGACGGUUGCGCCGUGGGAACGUCGAAACUUCCCCCUGUCAGAGGACCCGACCCCGGAGCCUGAGGCAGAGAGCGACCACCACAUCAGGCCCAGAAUGCGCAGCAUCUCAGGUUGCCGAGCAACGGGCUACGGAAGGCUUGAUUCGGACGACAUGGACUUGCCUUGUGACGAUGAUGGCCCCAAACACAAGGCCGCCACCCACCGAUGAAUGACUGACAGGCUGAGGUCCCCCACUCCCUCCCAGCCCUUCUCUGGCAUUAACAAGCAGAACCUCAAAGCAAAAUAAGAUAUUAAAAGGGUUCCUGUUGUUUGAUAUUCAAACAUCAGUCUAAUACUUUUCACAGUUUUUAGUGAAUAUUAUGGAGAUAGAAGCCUUUCCCUACACUUGUUUUUGUCACAGGAAAAAAUAAAUGUUAAAAAAAGUAUAAAACAACAUGUUACAAAAAAUGAUUUCUGUAGUAGGCUAAACAAUGUACAUGGGGGCUUAGUGGUGUUUCAUAUGUCGCGUGUACACUUGUAGCGCACUAUGUAGCGGACUCCUCAAAGUAUGGCCAAAGGGUGUUUUCUAUUGACUAGUUUGCUUGUAAUUCCCAUGUACAUUUUUAGUGGAGUGACAAAUAACAAAAUGAGAAAAAAUAUCCUCUUAUCCCCAUCCAAAUAAACAGGUACAUUUGAGAUGUGGUCUCUCCCUCUCCCCCUAGAGGUCGCCUGAAAUCACCAGAGCACUUCUCCAACUGCCAAGUCCAGAUUUGUUGGUUUGCUUUCUUUGUUUGUUUCAUUCCUGACACUUUUUAUUUGUGUUUGUUUUGUCUGUUCCAACAUAACACAUUCUUUGUGUUUGAAUGGUAAAUCAUUCCUUUAAAACCUCAUUGGAGUGUCCAGCUCCUGUCCCGCCCCACAGUGUCUCCCAGUUUUGCGGGUGAUGGGACAGGGGGCUGGGGUGUCUUGAGCACUUGCCCAACAGAAAGCAAUGCUGCAUGCUGAAAACAUGCGAAUGCUAGUCUUACCACAACAGCACACAGCAAGAUUUCCACUUACAAAAAAAAAAAAAUAAUAAAAUACUGGUAAUGGGGAUGACCCUAGUGUCAGCUAAUUUCACUCCCUUUUCCCCUUCACACACUGUCAUUGGUGUAUUAAGUUAGAAAAAUCAAACUGUGGCAAAACAACAAAAUAACUCAAUUCAGCCUCCCCUUCCGUUUUACUGGUUCAACUUGACAAGAAUAAGAAGUGUUCUCUUGCAAACAUUUCAAAUGUAGCAGCUCUUAUUUAGCUAGAAGCCACCCCAAGCUCAGGUUUUACAAUUUAAGGGAAUAUUUUCUGACGUUGAGAAUAUUUUCACCACUCACAUUGAUCCGAUCUGGAGAUUACUCUGUUGCAAGAUGAAUUUUGUUUUAUGCCACCCCACAAUGUCAUAACCACACUAUUGCCCCCUUAAGUAACUAAUUGCUAUGCAAAAUCUAUGGUUGUAUAAUUUUACACCUGUGUUUUUACGCCACAGUCAUUCAAUCACUGUUUUUUCUUUUGUAGUUAAGCAAGAUGUCAAUGUACCUGUUCGAUUGUUGCAGCAGUUAACCUAAUCAAAAGCAGAAUUGUUUUUUGUAAAUAGUACCAUUAAAACGUUUAUGUUUAACUUGG